UCACGACUCAUUUCGUUUUGGAAGCAAUUGACAAAGCACACGAAGCUUCGGCCAUCACUUUCAAUACCUUCGACGCUUUAGAACAUGACGUUUUAGAAGCACUGUCAACAAUGUACCCACCCAUAUACCCCAUUGGCCCUCUUCAGUUUCUCCUCGACCAAUUCCCACAAAAUCACUUGAAUUCCAUUGGAUCAAGCCUAUGGAAAGAAGAAACAGAGUGCCUUUCAUGGCUUGACUCGAAACAACCCAAUUCAGUCAUUUACGUCAACUUUGGCAGCAUCACUGUUUUGACACCCCUACAAUUGAUUGAAUUCGCCUGGGGACUCGCUAAUAGCAACCAAACAUUCUUAUGGAUCAUUAGGCCUGAUCUGGUUGUUGGUGACUCCGCGAUUCUUCCACCGGAUUUUGUGAGUGAGACCAAAGAAAGGAGUCUAUUAGCAAGUUGGUGCCCUCAAGAACAAGUCCUCAAUCAUCCAGCAAUUGGAGGUUUCUUGACACACUCUGGGUGGAAUUCGACUCUUGAGAGUAUUUGCAGUGGGGUCCCUAUGUUGUGUUGGCCAUUCUUCGCGGAUCAACAAACGAAUUGUUGGUCUUGUUGCAGCCAAUGGGGUGUAGGGAUGGAGAUAAACAGCGAUGUUAAGAGAAAGGAAGUUGAGAGAAUGGUGAGAGAGUUGAUGGCUGGAGAGAGGGGGAAAGAGAUGAAAAGAAAGGUCAUGGAGUGGAAGAAGUUGGGUGAAGAGGCCACG